AUGGGAAUAAUAGAUAGUCAAUUUUGGGCAUUUAAUACACCAUCAGAAGCAAAUAAGACAGUAACAACGAUGACUUCAGCAAAUCGAACCGUACCAACAUUACAAACAAUAAUCACUCAAACUACACAAACAACGCAAACAAAAACAACAACUGUUAUAACUACAACUACAAGUGUAUCAACAACAACAAACCAACUUAAGGCGACUUCAUCUUUUCCCAUUAGUGGUAUCGUUGGUAUUAUAAUUGGUUCCAUGAUAUUGAUUGUCCUAAUCAUUUACAUUGUCAAAUGGAUAAGACACAUGCCAACUAGACAAUUGCAACAAUUAAUAACAACUCGUACACGCACUCAAGAAACUCGCCGAUCUUCGACUUAUGCAGCACAUGAUUUUUUAUCUCCGCAUUCAGCAACUCAUAAAACAUUUGCUUCUAUUGAACGUUAA